AUCCGCUGAUGUUUGAGGCGAGAAUUUUCAUUCGCUUCCGCACAAAAAAAAAGUACGUGGUGUGAGAAAAGGUGCAAAAAAAAGUGCGAAAAAUCGUGUGAAAAGUGUCGUGUGUGGCUCCAACGGUCACCACAAUCUAUGCCCAAAAUCCGCUGAGCGGCGGCGAUUUGGCGUGAAGAAAAUCCCCAUUCGGCCCGUAAAAUGGUCAUCUCCAAGGACGCCAAGCGCAAGCGGAAGGAUAAUCCGCCACCCAAGUCACCCACGGAGCCGCCAAAAAGGACAAAAGUCCAGGCACAGCGGAAAUUCGCUCAAGGGCAGGGGAAUACCUCGGGGGCAUUCACGGCGGGCCUUUCCGUGGCCACAGCAACACCGGGUAGUGCUUCCGGAAAGGAGAGUAGUGUCCCGGAAACACCUCCGGAACCGAUAAUGGCUAAAAAACCCCGAGCAUCGGACUUUGUCACCUACCUCUGCUACUCCCGGACGCCAAUUUUGUCGCAGCAGUUGGAUUUCCUGUCAAAGAACAAAUCACCCCCCACUCCAGCAGCCACAGCAGGACCCUCAGAGAGCCCCACUGCUGCCACCAAGGUCACUACGGACAAAGUUGAGGCAGGAUCAAGCCGUGAGGAGCCGAAAAAGCCCAAAAAGGCGCCUGAGGUGAAGGAAAAGCAGGAUUUUAUCCCUUUUGGGGUGCGGAAGCGUGCUGAGCAGGUUCCGGAUAAGAAGCAGAAGACAGUUGAGGCUCUGCGGAAGAAGUAUCACGAUCAACGGGUGGCAAAGCUCAAGACAAAGGGCUUCCCAAAGGGAAAUCCGGCAAUUUCCACUUCCAUCCGUACCCGAUCGAACCCAACGCAGAAUGCUGCGGAAGUGGUGGAAGAGAAGAAAUCCGAGAAGAAGCCCAAAGAGGCAAAAGCACCACAGGCAAAGAGAAAAAUAGCCCUGAGAAGUUCCGGAGGUGUUCCACCGGCUGAAGAGGCGGAGGAAGAUGUAAAGCUGCUUGAUGUGAAGAUUGUGGUUAAAAAGGAAGCUGUGGAGAAGAAAUCAACACAGCAGAAGCCCACAGAGGGGAAGAGUGCUGACACAAAGGCAGUAGAUGCGAAGCAGGAGGUAAAGAAUGUCGAUGGGAAGGGAAUAGAGAAGCAGGAAGUGAAGAAUUCACGAGUAACACGGCAAAUGGUCAUCCGGAAUCCCGCAAUGGCCAUUAAAGUGCCCAAAAGUGAUGAGGAGGAGGAAGAAGAGGAGGAGGAGAAUCUUCAGGAGGAUGAUUUCUCGUCUGAUGAUGAGAAACCCCUGGCCAAUGCAAUAGGUGGUGGAGAGAAGCGGAAGGGAAAGGCCGGGAAGGGUGGAGGAGCGAAGAAGGAUCUAGUCAAGACGGAGUUACCGCGGAAGAAGCCUCAACCACCGUCGAGGAAGAAGGUUACGAAGAAAUUCUUCAAGAAAGCGGCGGAGAGUGAGGGAGAUAACGGUCAGGAAGUUGUGGAGGAGAAACAGCCGAAGAAGGGGGCGAAGAAUCAAAUGUCAAAGAAGGAAAUUGAGAAUUUGAGUCAAACAGCCACGGAGGGCAGUGAGAAUGACACAAAGGCCACACGGCCAACGCGGAAGACAAAGGAAGCAGCUACAAUCUACAUGGAGCUCAUUGGGCGGAAGUUGAAUCUCAAAGAUUCCGACGAGGAGGCCGAUACGUCGCUUGACAGCUUCCCGGAGCUGCCAAAUGUGCGGAAAACUGAGCAAAUGGAGAAUGAGCUGAAGCAGAAUGUGGGAAAGAAUAAGAGUCAAUCCCCAGAGAAGGUGACGCCCGUGAAGAAGGAGCAGCCGGAGAAGAGGAAGCGCCUCGAAGCGAAGACUCCAAAAGGGGCGAAGAAAUCUCCGGCAAAGAAGGAGCUGGAGAAGAGCUUCUCCGACUCCGACGAGGAACCCCUGGCGGUGAAGAUUGUCAAGAAGAAGCGUCCAAGUCCGAAGCAGGAGAAGAAAAAAGUCCCUCAGCUGCUGAAAGAUGAGGAUUUAGCUGUCUUCUCACCACCACGAGUGCAUCUUCUGCCAGAGGAUCAACCCUCCCCGAUUCCUGAAUGUGAAAUCCCAAAGAUUUCCCCGAAAAAUGACACAACGGACGACAUUCUCAAUCUCUCCUUCACAACAUUCAAAUCCCCCACAUCCAUUGAGGCGACCAAAGCCUCCCUUCCCCCAACACCGGAAGUGUCAACACCAACAACCACGACGAAGCCACUGAAACUCGAAGAGCUCAACUUCACGAAGCCCCUGACGCUGCUGAAGCCAAAGCAGGAGGUGCAGCUGAUCCAGAAGACACUCGAUCAGGAUUCCCGGAAGUUCGAGCCACUCCCGCCGAAGAAGGCCAUCACAGCCAGCUUGGCCAGCACGAGUGCCUCCAAGACAUCAGCUCAGGCCAUUGCCAGCCUCAUGAAUCCCCUGCCCAGCAAGGAGGAGUCCGGGAAGAUCUUUGGCAUUGCCAGUGUGAGCUUGGCGCAGAGCAGUGGGCCGCAGGAUACCAAAUGUACGCUCGGGAAGUGCGGAUCAGUGCAUAAGCCCCCAUUGGGACCAGCUGUGCCCACGGAGGCUCUCCUCGGGGAUUCCGGUGCAAAUCGUGAACGACGCAAAUCUAAGGUUAAUAUGUCGCACGAACAGAUCCAGAAGUGGUUGAUUGAGUGCAGUAAAGCUCCGCAGCAGGAGGAGAUUCACGAUGAUUUGUCUGAUGAGGACUUUAUGACGCCACCAAAGCCCAUUUCCUACCUUCUCACGUCGUCGCCGUACCGUGAGCUGGCCGAUGAGAGUACCUCGUCGGGGCAGGGAAUGCGUAUUGGGGGGAAGGGCAAGGAGGAGCGAAGUAGCUCAUCGACAACGGGGAAAUCCACUUCGGCCACAAAGGGACCAACAUUGAAGGCAAUGCCGGUGUUUUCAGCAGCUCCAGCCAAGGAGGAGGCAACACCCCCCAAGGAGCCGCUUAAUUUUGCCUCAAUUCGCACGGAAGAGAAGAAAGCAGCGCCCUCACCGGCGCCUCAGCGCAAACAACCAACAAAUCGGCCGGCAAAAGAACCCGCGCCGAAGAAAGUGGAGACUUCGCCACCCAAAGCGGCAGUUAAGACACCAAUAAAUACUCCAAAAGCCCCUGAGAAGGCUAAACCAACACCCAAAUCCGCAAAACCCGCCAAAUCUGCAACCCCGGCGAAGCAAGUUGAUCGCCGGCCGAUCUAUAAUCGCAAAACAACUCCCCUGUAUAGCCCCAAAGUUCCGGAGACGAGUAAAACAAAGCAAGUUGUGAAUACUUUUGGGGCUUUCUCACCGGAAAAUGAGCACAGUGUGUAUAGUUUUGACAAGGAGGACGAUGCAAUCCCCGUUGCAACACCCUUCCGUCGGCACACACGCCGGGAAUCCAACAAUUCCCGCCUUGAGGACACACCAGCGACGGAAAAGAGUCGUGAAAGUGGGAAGAAAGAUGCAGAAACAUCCUUUCAGAAACCCUCACCCGUCGCGAGUGCCUCAAAGGAGGUCACGCCGCAGGUUUCAUUCACCCUCAGUCCGGAGGAGAAUAAUAAAUCAGCCUCAAUUGCCGUUCAGGUGAGUCUCGAUGUGGACCAGCAGCAGCAGCAGCAGCCGCAACAGCCGGGCAAAGUUACGAAUGAGAAGCAAACGAGUACAGCUGAUGGGAAUGAUUCAGAUUCCGAAGGACACACAUUCUACAUCCCCCUGCAGGGGGCGGGGAAUCUCGGUGGGAAGGGUGAUCAACUAAUUCAAGGGGUGGCCGUUAAGCUCGGCACAGAAGGGCCCGAUGGACCAAAUCAGAGGGUCAUUAUGAGGGCAAAACUCGUGACAAAGGCACAAAUGGGUACCAAUCCAACGCCCAUUCCGGAAUCCCUCGCAAAUGCUCAGCAAGAUAUAAUGAAAAGUUUGCUGGCAAAUAAGGAGAUUUGCUCGAAAUCUGUUCCAAUUGGAACUGUUCAGCCGCGUUUUAAGUCUUCAGCCGCCACGGAGACACCCACAACUUCCCGAGCUUCGGCUUCACGUGAUCCCCCACCAGCUCAAUCAGCUGCCUCCUCAUCACGCGCCCCAAGUCAUUCAAGCUUAACGCGUGUUAAUUCCAACUCAUCGCUCGUCUCGCAAAAAUCCCGAAAAUCUGCCAAAGGCAAGACGACGACGACUGAGUGGCAGGGACCAGUACAGCCGAGUAACAAUACUGCCUUCCCGCGGACGGAUGAUGCGGCGCAAAUGGUGGAGGCGCCGGUCUUUUCGCCCACGGAGAAGGAAUUUCAGGAUCCAAUUGAAUUUAUCGAUCGUAUUGCACCGAUUGCAGCUCGUUUUGGGCUGUGUCGCAUCAUUCCACCGGCUAGCUUUAAGCCUGAAUGCCGUGUGUCCGAUGAUAUGCGCUUCACGGCGUACAAUCAGUAUGUGCACAAGAUGCUGCAUCGUUGGGGACCAAGUGCAAAGGAGCUUAGCGCCAUUAAGAAGUAUUUGGCCACACAGAGUAUCACCCUGACGCAUCCCCCGUGGAUUGGGGGAAUGGAGGUAGAUUUGCCGCGUUUGUAUCAUACCGUUCAGGAACUUGGGGGUCUGAAGGAGGUGAUUGAGAAGAAGAAAUGGGCACGUGUGGCUGAGGAGAUGUGUAUCCCCAAAUCAGCACAGGAUCGUGUAACAAAACUCGAUGAUAUCUACUGCAAAUACCUCCUGCCCUAUGACACCCUUUCACCGGCUGAAAGGCAGAAGCUCUUUGACGAAGUUGAGGCUGAUUGGGCCAAGAGGGAGGCUAAAGCAAGGAGAAAUGCAGACAGAUGUGUAACAACGGCACAACAGCACGAUGCAGAGGGUUCAAAUGAAGAUGACGAAGAGGAUGAGAGUGAAGAUGAGGCAGAUGGGGCAAUGGAGUGCAUUGAGAAGGGGCGCAGUAUGCCACUCAAUGCUUUCUUCCGGAUCGCCCGGAAUACAAUGGCGCUGUGGUUUAAGAACUCAGAACCCUCCCCUGCGGACGUGGAGGCUGAAUUUUGGCGCCAUGUGGCUGUCCGCGAUAGCCAUGUGUGCGUCCACUCAGGCUCCAUUGAUUCCUCAGGCUGGGGUUAUGGGUUUCCAGCGCCCGGUGCCAAAGCCAAGGCGUCCCCUUGUGCACGGCAUCCGUGGAAUUUGAAAGUACUCACAAAUAAUUGUGGGUCCAUUCUGCGCUCCUUGGGUCCCGUGAUGGGUGUCACGGUGCCCACAUUGCACGUUGGGAUGCUCUUUAGUGCAUGCUGCUGGUACAGAGAUCCCCAUGGCCUGCCGUGGAUUGAGUAUUUGCACACAGGAGCACCCAAAGUCUGGUAUGGCGUUCCGGAUGAGCAGAGCUCAAACUUCCGGACAGCACUGACCUCCCUUGUGCCAACACAUUGUCAGAAUAAGACAAUUUGGCUGCCAAGUGAUACAGCAAUGGUGCCACCGCAUAUGCUAACGGACAAGGGAGUGUCCCUGUGUCGCACAGAGCAGCAACCUGGACAAUUUGUUGUGAUCUUCCCACGAGCCUACACCUCAAGCAUCGCAACGGGAUACGUUAUCUCUGAGAGUGUCUACUUUGCCACGCACAAAUGGCUUGAUUCCUCACAUCAGGACUUUAAGGACAUUCAGGAGAGCUGUGAACCAACAAUGUUCUCCCUGGAACAACUUGUCUUUGCCAUUGCAUCAGAUCAGAGGAGUAAUGUGGAGACUCUCGUGCAGAUCCUCCCACUUUUGACGGAAGUAAGCAAAAAGGAGGCAAAUCUGAGGCAGGAGCUAAAGGACGCUGGCGUCACAACAAUUGGGAAAUUUGCGACAAAAACAAAGAAAACGCCCGCAGAUGAGAACGAAUGCGAUCUCUGCAGGGCUAAUUUGUUUGUGUCGCUGGUAAAGACGGAGAUUGAGGAGGAGGAGAUCACGUACUGCCUCGAACAUGGGUUGAAGUACAUCCAAGAUGGGGAGAUCGUAGCGAAGCAGUGCACCCUCAUGCAACGCUACACAAUCCCGGAGAUUGAGCAGCUCAUUGGGCGUCUCAAGGAGCGCAUUGAGCAGCAAAACUGUGGCGGUAGUUCGGUGGGUAGUCGGAAAUCCGGUGGGGGUGGUGGCAAAAAAUCCACCAUGUCUGUGGGGAGCAAUUGAGGAUGAUGCGGAGGGCGUGUUCCACCACCAAAUUUUCCUUCUUGUGAUAAGAUUUAAGUUUUCUUUUCUGAUGAAAAAAAAAAAUUCUGCGUGAUUUUCUUUGCAUUUUCACGAGGAAAAUUCAGAGAAAAGAAAAAUCAGUUUGUGUGAGAUCAGUGCGGGCGUCACGAAUCUCCCAGGAAAUUAUUAUUUAAAGCGAAUCCCAGAUUUAUAUUUAAAAUGAAGAAAAAGUAAAUGAAAAAAAAAGUAUUCGAGAUUGUGUAAAAUAUUAAUUAAUUAUUAAAUAAUAAAUUUAUUGAGUGUUUUGUGCGUGGGUGGAAAAUGUGCAACAAAAAAAUUAAAAUAAAAAGUGAAGGAGCCAUUUAUACUCAAAAA